UCGCUGAUGUGAUUUCCUUUGCCAGCGAGGCCUGACUGCGACUCUCGUCGCUUCUUCAAACCGUAACCGAGCUCACAGCGGGGACGUUCAAUACCGCAUGUGAAGGCGCCGAGAAAACACCACCACCACAGGUGUCCCCGUGGCAUUGAGGGGUCUCUCUCCAGCGCAUCAAGAAGAACCUGUCGGGAGUCUCUCCGAUGGGUAACAUCCCCUCCGCGGUGAAGCACUGUCUGAGCUAUGAAACACUCGCGCAGGAUUACCCUUGGCUGGUCCGCUGGCUACAAGAGGAGAAGUUUGGUGCCAUUUGUGAAUUUCCCAAAACGGUCAAAAUUGUUGAGGUUGGACCAAGAGAUGGACUGCAAAAUGAAAAGGAAAUGGUUUCGACAGGGGUCAAAAUCCAGCUGAUAAACAUGCUCUCUGAGACGGGCCUGCCCGUGAUUGAAGCCACCAGCUUUGUGUCCUCAAAGUGGGUACCACAGAUGGCUGACCAUGUUGAUGUGCUUAAAGGAAUAACCAAGUCACCUCAUGUCAAAUAUCCAGUUUUAACACCUAACCUACAUGGCUACCAGGCUGCUGUUGAGGCGGGGGCUUCUGAAGUAGCUGUUUUCGGGUCGGCCUCGGAGACGUUCAGUAAGAAGAACAUCAACUGCUCCAUCGAAGAAAGCAUGCUGAGGUUUAAAGAGGUCAUCUCGUCCGCCAAGCAGGCAGACAUACCAGUGCGGGGGUAUGUCUCAUGUGCUCUCGGUUGUCCCUAUGAGGGAGAUGUUGAACCAGCUAAAGUAACUGAGGUAGCAAAGAUGUUGUACGAUCUCGGCUGUUAUGAGGUUUCUCUGGGUGACACUAUUGGCGUGGGCACCCCCAAAUCAAUGGCCAAGGUGCUACAGAGCGUCAUGAAGGAGGUACCCUCCAGUGCCUUGGCAGUGCACUGCCAUGAUACUUACGGGCAAGCUCUAGCCAACAUCCUCAUUGCUUUGCAGAUGGGGAUUUCUGUGGUGGAUUCUUCCGUGGCAGGACUGGGAGGAUGCCCAUAUGCCCCAGGAGCCUCAGGCAACGUUUCAACCGAAGAUGUUGUCUAUAUGCUCCAUGGCAUGGGCAUUGAGACAGGGGUGAAUCUUUCGAAAGUCAUAAAUGCAGGUGAAUUCAUCUGUCAAGCCUUAAAUCGCAGAACCAACUCCAAAGUUGCCCAAGCCAAAUCUUGCCACUGUGUUCCAUAAUUUAAUAAUAUGUUAUAAACAAUACAUACUAUGAUGUGCCAUUAAAAUAAUUAUUAUUUUUCUGUGAAUAUAGCUUUGCACUAUAUUUCUGUUAUUAAAAUAUAUUUACUAACUGACAAACUUUAGAUAAUUUGUCCCCUUAGUAUAAGAUUCUAUUUGAAUUUUUUGUCAAAAUUGAGUUAUUGACAUAUUCUUAUUCUGUGACACCUUAAGAAAGAGAGGUGAGGUGUUUCUUGUAGUUGUAUGCAUUUUCGGACAUUACUGUAUAUCUAAAGAGGUUUGUUCCGCUUAUCAGUAUAACUCUAUGGAAUUCUAAGACUUUGAAGCUCAAUAUCUCAGAACUACUCAGAACGUAGAUAGAAGCUUGUAAUUAUAAGGGGACAAAUUAUGUGUAAUAUGUGUGCACUUUAACUCCUGACAAAUAUUAACUAUUUUUCUAAACAUGUUAAUUAACAUUCUGGCAUCUUAUUCCCCAUAACAUUCAUGCUGUAUAUUGUCCCUUAGAAGUCGAUUCCUCACGUAUACAGUAAAGGUUAUUCUGUCUGUUCUUGCCGGGCUGUCUUCUCAUUUCCUGCCCAAUGUGUUUGUAAUUAGGACAGAGCGGCACACUGGGUCCUGGAAGUCAGAGUGGCUUUAAAACUACUGAGACAUUGAUCAUUAUCUCCCCAUCAUAUAUGCUCAUUU